ACAUUUGAGAACUGCUGCUGUGUGUGUUUUGCAGCUCAGACCCCGGCCCAGUUUAAACUGAACUUCUCCCAGCAACCUUUCGGUUUGUUGGAGUGUUUUCAGAUUUCCCAGCUGCUAUUCCCUCCCUCCUUCCCUCUUCUGAAGCAGCUUUGCAAAGUGGGUGGAUCUGGGAGGCAGGGCUGGAAGUCUUCCGCAAACGAAAGUGACAGCGUCAUUGAGCAGGAGUGGGAGAGACAGGGAGCUCUCUCUCUCUCUGUCUCUCUCCUGUCUUUCUUUCUUUGAUUUCCCCCAGCCUCUCCAUUUUCACCGUCCCCCCCCACCUCCCUCUCUACCUUCUUUCUCUUCGUUCCCCACCUCCAUCCACCCUCCGAUUCCCUGAUGGCGUUCCUGAUGAAGAAGAAGAAGUUUAAGUUCUUGGUGAGCCUGACCUUGGAGGAGCUGUCGGCUGUUCCCUUCGUUAAUGGGAUCCUCUUCUGUAAAAUCCGCCUCCUAGACGGGGGGUCGUUCAGCGACCUCUCCAGCAGGGAGGAGGUGCAGCAGAACUGUGUCCGGUGGAGGAAGACAUCCAGGUUCAUGUGCAAGAUGAGCGCGAGCCCUGUGACAGGAAUGCUGGCUCCCUGUACCUGCCGAAUAUCCGUCCGCAAGGAACUGAAAGGUGGCAAGGCCUUUAUUAAGCUGGGUUUUGUGGAUGUGAAUUUGGCGGAAUUUGCUGGGUCAGGAAUGACUGCCCGCUGCUACAUCCUGGAGGGCUACGACACGAAGAACACCCGACAGGAUAACUCCAUCCUAAAGAUCUCCAUCGUCCUACAGUUGUUGUUGGGAGACCCUUGCUUUAAGACGCCAUCGCCGCACACCGCACUCACCAGCAUCGCGGCCAGCGAGGACCCCCUCCAGCUGGGAUGCAAAGGAGAUGCUGCGACAGACGGGGAAAGCCUGAGACCGCGCCGGCCCAACACGCUGAGGCUGCCCAAGUGUCGGUCAUUAGUCAUAGCCUCAGGUGUCGGCGAGGAUACAGACAGCGCGAUCAGCACCCCGGACAGCGCUACCAGCGUGUGCCAGCCUCUCAGCUCACCCUCCAGCAUCAACAGCCAACACUCCAAGGUUUCUGGUUACAGCAUGGAGCACUCCCGGGGUGUCAGCCUCUCGGAGCCCACCAGGAGGCGCAAGCUGUCGUCUGUCAGUAGUGGCCUCUCCUCGGGGCCCAGUAGUGCGGCUGACAUCGAGGGUGUAGCAAGGGACCUGAGCUUCGAGAAGCCCCCUCUCCCCAUCUGGCCAUCCGAACGACACAGCAGGAGGAGGAAUCGGGCUCCCGAGAAAUAUCCAUCCUGGGUCAAUGACACCAGGGUCAAUGCCGAUGACAUUGUGGAGAGCAUUAUCCAGACUCAGGACUUUACUGACUACAGUGAUUCCGAAGAGAGCGGAUUACAGCUGUUCGUGGCGCGUGAUGGCUCUACGUUAGUCGGGGGGUGUCAGCUCACCAACAGGCAGGCCGUGAAUGACUACGUGCCCGUGGUGAUUGGGAGUCACUGAGGUGACGGCUCAGUGUGGGAUUGGACUGUGCGCUGGGCACCACCAGAAUCUCCAGCCAGCUGCUGCCCUCCAGUGGCAGGAUAGUAGAACGGUGGGUGGGUGACAGGCCUGGUAUUGGCAAGGACUGCUGUAUGACCCGGGGUGGAAGGGAGUGUCGGGGGUGGGGGGGUGCGGUGGCAAAGGGUAGGGAAGACCCACUCAACCCCCAUCCCUUCUUGAGAUGAAAGUAUAGCUUAUUCUGAGACCCUUUUGGAGACAAGGUUGGGCCCAGGGAGAUAAAAGAUGCUUAUUGACUGGUGAAGGCUCCCGCUCUCCUUGUGACCUCCUCCGUACCCCCCUCCCAUCCCACACGCAUUCUCCACUGUCCCCUCCUGUCCACCCAGCUUUCCCAAUUGAAACUCCCCCUCCCGACUCGCUCUGGAGGAUGCGGCAGAAUGCUGAGCUUGUGGUAUUGGGCAGCAUGUCUUAGGCAGGUGCCCCUUCUGUGUGCUGGCACGAGAGAGUGGGGCAGGUGUUGGUGGGCUCCAGUGGAGAGAUGCCCAGUUUGGCCAUGGCAGGACCAGUGACUUCAGGAGAUUUGGAGAUGCGUGCAAGAGCGCAUGCAAGCACGCGUAUAAUUGUGCAGAGUAUGUGUGUCCCUGACACAGCCUUCUGUCUCUCCGGGUACAUCACACUGGGCUCCUUAGGUUUGCUGCUAUGGGCAUCAACGCCCACAGGAAGUGAGGAGGAGGCCAUUCAUUUCCUCAUACAUGUGCCAGCUCUUUGCUAGAGCUAUGCUCGUAAUCUCUCGGGCCUGCCCUGGAUCUUAGUCCUGCAAGUAGUUUCCUCCCCUUCAAAAUAUUUAUCCACAUCUCCCAGGCUUUGAGAGAACUAACGUGUUACCUGCACAAGGUCGAGGGGGGUGGCUUUGAAGUUAUACCAAAUGCCCCUAUCCUUCACAAUCCUUUCUUAAAAUUACGCUACAUAUUGCCAGUGGGUUAAAGCUGUUUAUCUUGCACUCUUCAGGAAGAAAGCAAGAAAACAAAAUAACAGCUUUAGCAGUGACAUGCCUGGUUUCAGAUUUUUGCCGGGUGGACGGUGGGGAGAGGGGUUUGAAUCAGUGCCUGCUUCCCCCAGCUCAUUUCACCACAACAAAUAUUUUUAACAAAUGUUUAGUGAACAGCCAUAUCACCGUCAAUAUCUAAGAUUGAUCAUCCAGACUUUACCAGCAAUCCAGACACAGUUAACACUAAAGAGAUAGAAAAGAGCAGCAAUAGGCCAUUUGGCCCCUCAAGCCUGCUCCACCAUUCAAUAUGAUCAUGGCUGAUCUUCCACCUCGGUCCCCUUUCCCUGCUUUCUCCCCCACAUCCUUUAGCCCCAAGUUCUACAUCCAACUCCUUCUUGAAGUCAUACAAUGUUUUGGCCCUCCAUUUUCUGUAGCAGAGAAUUCCACAGAUUCACCCACCAUAAGGGUGAAGGUAUUUCUCCUCAUCUCAGUCCUAAAACGGUUAGUUUCUGCCAUGUUUCCUUGCCAAGCCAUAUUUCAACCAAUCAGGAUCCUUUUACAAGCUGCAGGAGACCUUGUUUCCUUGUGAAGUUUCCCCCACCCCCAUGUUUCAGUCCUCAUGAGCAUAAGACAGAAAACUUCAACUCCAUAUCUCUGUCUUUGGCUGGAGUUCUGUACCGUCCCAGAAAAAAAGUGAUUCAUUGGAAGACACAGCUGGAGCUGGAUCAAAACGGAUCAGGGAGCAGCAUUGCUUUCAAUCUGCUUCCAACCCUCUGACAAGUAACAGCCUGGUUUCUGGGCACAGGAGAUGGGCAUCACCCGAGGAAUGCAUACGCUCUGCCGGGCCAUCUGCCAGAGAUAGAGGAUGUUCCCUAAAAAGGCAGAGUUGAGGUACCUUUAUGGUGGAUCCAAUGCACAACAAUCUAAUAGGAGGACUCACUGUAAACUGAUUUGUACUGUGUGUGGCCAGGUUGCAAAUAUUUACAUGUUGGAAAUCUUAAUAUAUUUUGAUACUCAA